UUAUAUUUUUGGAUUGUGCUUCCAGAGGAAGUUCAGCGAUUACUUUAAAAAGCAUAGUUUGAAGUUUCAACAUCAAUACUUACCUGGAUGAGACUUUUGGAUCUGUAUUUCAUCCCUAGAGUGGUCUACACGAUGAAGGAAGAAAAAGGAUAAAUGAGAAUACUCUUAAGAAAUCAAGUACUUGCCCUAACACUGUUUUUAUUUUCCCCAAUACAGGUAAGCAGUUUAUGCAUUGCCUCUUAAGUCCGUCUUAAAAGACAGUUACAGAACAAGAAACUUUAAUUAUAGCUCAGAAUUACUCUGUUGAACCUCUUGUCCUUAUUGCAUUGCUUCUAGUGAGCUAUGUGCAAUGCUGCAUUGAAAUAUUUGUGACUCCUCAGAAAAAAAUGCAUACUUUUCUAAGAGCUGCAUACACUUAGGACAGCAUCUUCCUCUCUGUCAUCUGCCAACACUCUGUUCAUGUCCAAAAAAAGAGAAAACAAGUGGUGUUUCCAGCAAGCCAGAAACCCAAGUAACCAGAGUCUCCUGUCUCAUCCUGCCUUUUUGACCACAAAAUGUGGCUGUUUUGGAGAAUGUGACCUCUGACACAGUGAGGAGAAAUGCUUUGCUGGUGACCACAUGUCUCUGCUGAGAUGCCACUCCACAGCUUUUCAGUGUGGACAGGAUGGGAGUGGUUUAGAUGUUUUUUUGGAAGAUUUUGUGCCCAGAUGAAGCAGUUUCAGUCUUGGCUUUUUGGUGUUGGAAAAGGGAAUUUUAAAGUGUUCAGGCUGUCCUUCCUUCCUGCUGUCUUUCCCAGUGGAAAGGCCGAGGAAACCCAGGCCUGCUGCCUGUGUUUGUGUGCAACACCAAUGUCCACUGUUUUGCAUCAUGCUAAAAAUGUUUUCCUCCCCUUCCCUUUGCUUGCAGCGGCUCCUGCCAACCAUCUCUUCUGUCUCCUCUUCACUGUUAUCAGCCCUGGCACAUACUGCUUUUCCUCUUUGGUUGAUUCAGAUAUGGCUCUACUCUCUUAGCUUUUCUCUCCCCCCAUUCCCCAGUUAGAUGGAAAGUGCUGAGACUAUAAAAAUCUCCUCUCUGUGAGCAGAAAAGAUACUAGAUUAAAGAGCUUGUGAUCAGACUCGCGUAUCAACUAUGCCAGAGGUAACGUUUAAAGAUAUUUGUGUUGUAUGAACACAACAGCCUUGUGGUGAGCUAAUGAAAACAGUGGAGAGGAAGUAUUGUUUUAUAGCUAGUAAGUCAGUCAAAGUCUUUGGUCUAGCACUGAGGCAGUAGCAAUGUGAGUUUAUAGUGAUUAAUAAAACAUAAUCUGGCUGCUGUUCACUUAGCUCAGUUGUCCAAAGUGGAACAUUUCACUGACACUUUGCCCCUCCCCAAGAGACAAGAAAAGUAUGUUGGCUUUUCUGUUACAAAAAAUAUCUUCGGCAGGAAUAACAUGCUUGAAAGUACUUGGUAGUGUUGAUUACCUGUACUCCAACACAAGAGCUCCAGCCCAAUCCUUUUCAAACACUUCUCUUAGAACAUGGGGGAAAAUGAGGAUGAAAAAUACAGUCAAGCUGGCCAGAUAUUUGAAAACUUUGUACAAGCAUCAACAUGCAAAGGUACCAUUCAGGCCUUUAAUAUUCUCACUCGCCAACUUGAAUUAGAUCCUUUGGACAACAGAAACUUUUACACCAAACUGAAGUCAAGAGUGACCACGUGGAAGGCCAAAGCUUUGUGGAACAAGCUUGAUAAAAGAGCAAGUCACAAAGAAUAUAAACGUGGAAAAUCUUGUAUGAACACUAAGUGUUUAAUUAUUGGAGGUGGCCCAUGUGGCUUGCGGACUGCCAUAGAACUUGCCUUUCUGGGAGCCAAAGUUGUCGUUGUGGAGAAGCGGGACACCUUUUCAAGAAACAAUGUGUUGCACCUCUGGCCAUUUACAAUCCACGACCUCCGGGGACUGGGAGCAAAGAAGUUCUAUGGAAAAUUCUGUGCAGGGUCUAUUGAUCACAUCAGUAUUCGACAGCUUCAACUUAUCCUCUUCAAAGUUGCACUUAUACUAGGAGUUGAAAUCCAUGUGAAUCUAGAAUUUGUGAAAGUCCUGGAACCUCCUGAAGAUCAAGAAAACCAAAAGGUAGGUUGGAGGGCUGAAUUUCUCCCCAUGGAUCACCCUUUGUCAGAGUAUGAAUUUGAUGUUAUUAUUGGUGCAGAUGGCCGCAGGAACACGUUAGAAGGUUUCAGGAGGAAGGAGUUCCGUGGAAAGCUGGCCAUAGCUAUCACUGCCAAUUUUAUAAACAGAAAUACAACUGCAGAAGCCAAGGUAGAAGAAAUCAGUGGUGUUGCUUUCAUCUUCAAUCAGAAGUUCUUCCAGGAUCUUAAAGAGGAAACGGGAAUUGACCUGGAGAAUAUUGUUUACUAUAAAGAUAGCACUCAUUAUUUUGUGAUGACAGCAAAAAAGCAGAGUCUUCUGGACAAAGGAGUGAUUAUUAAUGACUAUAUUGAUACUGAGUUGCUCCUCUGCGGCGAAAAUGUGAACCAGAGCAAUUUGCUGUCCUAUGCUAGAGAAGCUGCUGACUUUGCAACCAACUACCAGCUGCCUUCCUUGGAUUUUGCAAUUAAUCACUAUGGGCAACCAGAUGUGGCAAUGUUUGAUUUUACUUCUAUGUAUGCAUCUGAAAAUGCUGCACUAGUGAGACAGAGACACAGACAUCAGCUCCUGGUGGCUCUUGUUGGAGAUAGUUUGCUUGAGCCCUUCUGGCCAAUGGGUACUGGCUGUGCAAGAGGCUUCUUAGCUGCUUUUGAUACUGCAUGGAUGGUGCGGAGCUGGGCUCAAGGAAAACCCCCAUUAGAAAUUCUUGCUGAACGAGAGAGCAUUUAUCGACUCUUGCCUCAGACUACCCCUGAAAAUAUUAACAAGAACUUUGACCAGUAUACCAUUGACCCUGGAACAAGAUACCCAAAUUUGAACUCAAGCUGUGUUCGACCUCAUCAGGUGAGACAAUUAUAUGUUACCACUGAGUUACAACAAUGUCCUCUUGAAAGAGUGAGCUCCAUUAGAAGAUCAGUGAAUCUCUCAAGACACGAGUCAGAUAUUCGACCUAACAAGCUUUUCACCUGGUGUCAGAAGCAGACAGAAGGGUACCGUAAUGUUAAUGUCACAGACCUGACUGCCUCCUGGAAAAGUGGCCUUGCACUGUGUGCUAUUAUCCAUCGCUUCAGACCUGACCUCAUUGACUUUGAUGCUCUGAAUGAAGAGGAUGUUGUCAAAAACAACCAGCUGGCAUUUGAUGUUGCUGAGCAGGAGUUUGGGAUCCCCCCUGUGACCACGGGGAAGGAGGUGGGGUCAGCUGGGGAGCCUGACAAACUCAGCAUGGUCAUGUACCUCUCCAAGUUCUAUGAACUGUUUAGGGGCACACCGCUGCGGGCAGUAGAUGCUGGUGAGAAGCAAAAUGGAGAGCAUAACGAUCUGUGUUCAGCAAAAUCAUCCAACUUCAUCUUUAAUAAUUACAUCAAUUUAACUUUUCCAAGAAAACGAGUACCAAAGGUUGAAGGGAAAAUGGAAGAAAAUGAGUCUAAUAAAAGACGUCGAAAAGGUCUUUUUGGUGUCUUCGAGGAGACUUCAGGUUUUUCAAGCCAAGGGACAAAUGGAAAAGAACAGAGUGAUGGCAGAGAAGGAACAAACCAGAAUAAAGUUAAAUCAAUGGCAACUCAACUGUUGGCAAAGUUUGAAGAGAAUGCUCCAAAUACAAUUUUUCGGAGGCAGGAGCUCAUAGAUAGACAAGGCCUGCUCUCUUCUGACCCUCCUGUUAAUCCUCGCUUUGCUAAGCCUAAGGAUGCAAGCCUUCUUCCUCCUCAACCAAAAAGGCAGUUUCAGGUGGUAGCUAGGAGUGAACACGAGGUCAGGGAACCCAAACAGUCUUUAGAUGGUUCUGAUCAUAUGGCCAGGAGAGCAAAGACUGUACAAAAAACAGAUACCCAACCCAGUCUGUCAAAAACCUCUGAAAAUCUCGCAUCUGCCUGUUCUGCUGCAUUUGUACUUUCUGGAGUGCUUGAGCGUCUUCAGCACCUGGAGGAAAAAAUGAAACAGAAAAGAGCUCAGACCAUAGCAAAUAGGGAAUUCCAUAAAAAGAACAUUAAAGAGAAAGCAGCACAUCUUGCCUCAAUGUUUGGAUACAUGGAGCUUCCAAAGAAUAAACUAUCUACUAAAGGCUUAUCCUGUUCUCAGCCCCCAACUCCUUCUUGCCCUCCACCUUAUGACUCAGCUGCUGCCUCUUCAUCAUCUGUCAGUUCAGCUUCCCCUGCUGUUCCUUCUAGACAGAUGACUGUAGGAAAGGUAUCAUGUGCAAUUGGAGCUGUGGCUGAAGUUCUUGUCAAUCUGUAUGUGAAUGAUCACAGACCCAAGCCACAGCUUAACCCCCUUGAACUGGCAUCUCUGCGAAAAGAAUUCCCUCAGUCUGUUGGGGGGAGUGACAUUUGUUACUUCUGCAAAAAACGGGUAUAUGUUAUGGAGCGGCUGAGUGCAGAAGGCCACUUCUUUCACAGGGAGUGCUUCAAGUGUGAAAUAUGUUCUACAACACUCCGCUUAGGAAUUUACGCCUUUGAUGUUGAAGAAGGUAAAUUUUACUGUAAACCUCAUUUUACACACUGCAAAAUCAGUACUAAGCAGAGAAAGAGAAGAGCAACCUUACAGAUCCAAGGAAAGGAAACAGCAGAAGCAUGGAAGAAAGAGGAACCCAAACCCACAGAGACCACCACAGAAAGCACUUUGUCUACUGCUAGCAGUCCAGAGGACAGGUCCCCAGGUAUCCUGACUUCCUUCUUUAGGGGCACCCUAAGCUGGCCCCUUCGGGUGACAAGGGAUCUGCUUGACAUUCCCAGACGCCUGUCUAACUGGAUGCAUGGUUUUCUGCACGCUACCAAUCUUCAUUUCAGGGACAAUGCAUAUAACUAUACCUACUUGUAUGAACUCUUGAGCCUUGGUGUGCCAUUCCUCUGUGCUCUUCUAGAGGUACUUACUCAUAUGUACCGGGAAGCAGAGCUAUCACUUGAAAAUGUGCUUGAAUGGGUGAAAAAAAUUCUGUAUCGCUGCCUGCCCACAGCUGAUGAGCCCACUUCCCCAAAGAAGGCAAAGAGCAUUUCUGAGUGCCCUAACUUGGAGAGCUGGUUCUCACCUCCUUCCCCUGAGUGGGCCACUGUGAGGGUCAUCCCUGAGGAGGAAAUGGCAGAGCACAAUCUUCUCGCUAUCCGAGUCAUGGUCACCAGUGACACAAGCAGGUACUUUAAAAUACAAGCAGAAGGACCCAUCCCCGCUAACCAAGAAGAGGUAUUUCACCGCAACUCUGAGCUGGAGGAGUCUGAUUUUAAUGGCGACUCGUCAAACUCAGAAGUGAAUGGAGGACAGACCUUGCUGCUGGAGCUCCCCACCUCCCCGAGCCCCGUCCAGAGGUGGGCAGCGCUCACCAGGAACCCUGUGGCACUGGAGGAAAGCCCCAAAACAUCCAAAGUUGCUGAUGCACUGCAGAGAGCCAACAGUUUUCACUCCACCGCGUUAAAUAAGUAUCAGAAUUGGAGGAGAAAACUCCAAACGAGCUUCCCUCUACUGUCCAGCAAGAAACCUGGGCUACAUGGGAAGGACAGCUCAGCCAGCUGCCAAAGUGGUCCUGGAGAGAAUCCCUCCCAAACGCAGAUAUAUAUAUACACAUAUAUACGAGUAUAUACAUUAAAUAGUAUUAUGUUAAGAUUAAAAUUUAUGAAAAUAUUACAUGAAAUAAAAGAUAAACUAAACUAUCUUCUUCUAUCCCUGAAAUAUUCUUUUUCAUGCACUUCACGGUUGGCUCAUAAGAAACCACCGGAAAUCACAAGAGGACAUUUCAAACCCUACAGCCCAGUAUUUCAAAGAAAAGAAAAAGCCAGAGAGAUGCAUGAAGACAUCCAUGUCUAUGUGCCCCAUUGUUCUCAUUUUCAGAGCAGUACCAGAGGUUCUCCAUGGACCCCUCCUGGGAAUGGGACACUGGCUGAUUUUUCUGAGGCUGAAGAUACAGAUAGUGACAAUAGGACACACACAGUCCAGGGCUGGAAGGAAAAAUCCCAGAAAUAUACUUUUGAACCAGAAGAUAUUAUUAGGAAGACAAAAGUACUGUCAUCUCUGGAUUUGCAGGAGAAAGAUGGCAAAAAUACAAGGCACCCAGAAGAAAAGCUUGAACAAGAAUUAAAGGAGGCAAAAAAGAGGCUGGUGCUUUGUGCUCAACAGCUGCCCUUGUCAUAUGAUUCUAACAGGACAGACUUAGGCAGAACUAGUUCAGGGUAUGAAAACAAAGGAGCGCUGUGGACUUCACAGGAGAACAAUGCUGACUGGACAGAAGUUGUGUUCAAACCAUCUGGUUGUCCUGUGCCUCUCUUAUUUGCAGAUGAUGCUCCACCAGCUUUGCCAGUUAACGCAAAAGAUGCUCUGAGGAGUCCAGAUGUAGUUGCCAGGGAGCACGCAGCUGGCCCACCAAAGUCACCACUGAAGCUCAUAGCCAAUGCUAUCAAAAGGUCCGUUUUUGAGCCUCUGACUUCAUCUUCAGAGGGACCAAAGCAGGACUCAAACAGCAAAGUCAAAGCCUCAGAACAAGCUUUCUUCAGCUUCCCCAGUACUCCUGGCUAUUCUCUAAGCCAAAGGAACAGUAACAAUAACAGGGGAAAUAACACUCGGCCACCAGAGCUUAAAGCAGGGGAGUGGGCAGGAGAACAUUUAGGAAAUGGAUGCCACUUCUCAAAUUCAUCUAAUUUUUCUGUUGUCUCUGAAGAGAGAUCUCCAAGGGGUUACAGCAAGGAAGUAUCCUUCCCAGUUUACAGUUCUCACACCAGGUCUUCCCAGACAACAAGUAUACCUCAGAAAUCAACUUGCACUAGGAUGGAGGAUGUCCCAGGACUCCUAGAAAAGUUUACCUUCAAAGAUACUCUUCCAGGGGCUCCCAUGGAUGACAUGUUUUUCUGUAAUGAAAAAUACCUCCUUCUUUCAUCUCCAGAGCCCAAGAACACCCCCAAGGACAAUCUGAAUGACUCUGCACAGAAGAGUAGUCUUGGGUCCCUCUUUGAUAGACUGAGAAGUAAAGUUCAUGACAGAGAAGGAAAUUCUUUUGUGUCAUUUCUGCCUUUUGUGAGGGACCAUUCUCCAGAAACCAGGCUCUGUUAUCCUUCCACAGGAUGUGAACACCUAACUGUCAGAAAACAAGCUACAGAGUAUUCCACUUCUUCCUCUGAUGAUGAAUUUGAAUGCAAGCCUUCAUUAACCCACAAGGCAAAAUGGUCUAUCAGAAGGAGAAGGAAGCUGGAGAGGGAGACAAAGCAAUUGAUUAAACAAGAGGAACUGAAGAGGCUUCACAAAGCACAGGCAGUCCAGCGCCAGCUAGAAGAGUUGGAGGAAAGACAAAGAGCUCUGGAGAUUUUUGGUGUCAAACUGGAGAGAGAACUAAGAGGAGAAUCAGAUUCGGGCACAAAGGAUGAAACUCAGAUGCUACAUGAAUGGUUUGAGCUGGUCCUGGAGAAGAAUAAAUUAAUGCGUUAUGAGUCUGAGCUCCUGAUUAUAGCCCAAGAGCUAGAAUUGGAAGACCACCAGAGCAGAUUGGAACAAAAACUGAGAGAGAAGAUGGCCAUUGAUGACAGCCUUAAAGAUGAAACGGAUCUGAAUGAGGAGGUUGAAAUUUUUACUGAGAUGAUGAAAGUGGUUGAAGAAAGGGACAAACUUGUGUCUACCUUAGAGGAGCAGAGAGUGAAAGAAAAAGCAGAAGACCAGCACUUUGAAAGCAUUAUAUUAUCUACAGGCUAUCAGCGGAGCAGGAUUUAAACAGCCACAUGCAAAUAAACAUAAUUUCAGCAAUAUUCAUAAUCAUGGAGAUACAUUCUUAUGAAAAAUGGAGAAAUUCAAAUUGAAAAUCAGUUUAUUUGGGAAACAUGUUGCUUUGUUAUCAAAAGUCCUUAAGCAGUUCUUUUGCUCAUACCAGAGUGAGUCAUUUCACUAUCAGCUUAAAGGAUCACUGGAAUAUAGAAUAGGACUGAAUUUACCUCUCUGAUGGGCAUCAGAGUCUGUGAAAUGGAAAUCAAAGCUCUGUUGUUUUCUUGGAGUUUUAUUUUAAUGCUGAGAAUAGAGUUUCUGAGAAGCAUGGUGACGUAAUUUAGUAUUUUUGAGACAACAUUACUUUCCAUGUGUUUAUCUGAAUCUGUGUGUGGUUUUGUUAAUAUUUUGACACAGCCAAGCCAUGGUGAACUAUUUAAAGGUCAGAAAGCAAGCAUCACAUAUAAAAACAAGGUUAGUUUGUAUUUCUGGUGGAGGAAGUGUCAUUUGAUUAAUAACUACAUAUAAGCACUCAUUAAAACUACUGUAAAUGCAGUAUCAGAAAUUAAUUUUCCAGGUAUUUGCAAGUUUUAGUGCACUGUGUAUUUUUGAACAAGAAGUUAAAGCAAUAUUAAAUCCCUACAUUUUGUAGAAUGGUAAGGGAUUAUCAAAGGGGUUACUACCCUUAAAACUGCUAAAUGCUCAAAAAAGCUUUUGUAUGUCACAGAUUAAGGUCUUUAAAAUAUGCUAAAUGAUAGUUUAAAACUAAUAAUCCAAACCCAAUUAGUAUUUGUAGGGUAGGCUUUACAAUGGCUUGAUAAAAUACACCGCACAUGGUAUCAUAGGGUGUGAUGAGUUAAAAAUCUCCCUGAGAAUAAUUCCUCAAAAGGAUUGAAAAAAAAAGCGUUGAUUUUUUUUAAUGUCAACAUCUGAUAGAAAAUAUUGUGGGUAUAUUUACACUACAUUUAUCUUGCUGCUUAAGAACAUGUGCAUAUUUUUUGCUUAAAGGAAAUAUCUCCUGUCUUCUCUGUAUAUGUCUUUGUAGAUAUUUGCAAAGCUCUGUGCGGUUUCCCUUUAGUAUUCGGUGUAAUUAAAGUACUUUGUUGAAUCUGAGAUAAUUCUGCAAUUUAAGAUUGGUAGUACGUCCAACUGUGUAUGCAUGAUGCACUAGAUUUUCAAAGUGGAAAAAACAAGGAGAAACUUAGACUUUCUUUUUGACUAUCACUUUACCUCAUGCACAGAGAAGAUUUGAUAUUCUCGUUCUUUCAUGAAUGGUGCUUAUUUGCAGCAGUUGCCCAUGAUACAGCCAAAGCUAGAAGCAUUCCUGUUACAAAAGCUUUAAACUAAAAACCUCUUCAUAAGUAUUUGUAGGGUAACCAACACACUGGAUCCUGUCACAAUAAUUUAUGAAUUAUCUUAAGUUUUUGCUGUAUUGUAAGAAAUUUAAAAUACCCUUUCUAAAGAUACAAGCAAAAUUUUACUACUGACCACAGAAAAAUAAUAUACCUCUAUUAGUGCAAGGAAUACAUGACUGUUCCUCAAUAUUUAUGUAUUUAUAUUUAUUUAUUAGACUGUUUAAAGAGGAUAAGAGUGUCUGGUUACACUUUACAGUUUGGAUGUUGUCUCUGAUUUUGAUACAUAGAUGUGUAUUUCUAACAGCUAUGUAUAGGUAACGGUGUGCAUUGUAGAGUAGAUAGCUUUAUUAAUUUGGUAAAUAAUUAGUAAAAAAAUAUGAAUUAAGAUUUUAAAAAUAUGUUCUCAGUUACCAUAACUUGAAGGGAUACUCUUAAAUCAUAGCAUGUAGGGCUUUAACAGUAAAAUUUGUCUCUCAGUGCAGUGGGAAGACAAAGCAGAAUCCUUAAAUGUGUUCCAAAACUACCAUCAGACUUCUUUUUUUCCUCUGUCAUUCAUAAGCUAAGCGUACCUGAUCUUCAGGUUACAUUUUUAUUGAGAUGGAUUGCAGCAAUUGAUUUUUAAAUUAACUCUAUUACUUAUGAUUGACACAAAGUAGGAGCAGGCAGAGCAGUAAUAAGUAUUUUAAUUUUCUCUGUUGAGGUCUGCUUGUAUUUCCAGUUUUGUGGAGAAAAUUUCUGGAUUUUACCACUGUUUCCAGAAGCCUCAUGUAAUCAUGUAGAACAAGACUGCUUGGAACAUUGUCAAUUCGCUGUAGAAGAUGGAGAGCCUUAAUGCUUUCGAGGUAUUUACAAAAAGAAAAAAAGCAAGCAAACUUGAUGCUUUGCACAGAAGGGGAAUUCAGCAGAAACCUCCAGCUGUAUCAGUCAAAGAUUGGUUGUCUUCACCUCGCUUUUACAAACUAAAAAUUCCAUUCACCUUAGUGCUGCUGCCAUAGAAAGGAAGAGGAAUGGAAUAAUUAGAGAAACAUGAUUGCUCUCCUCUACCAAAGUACAGCCUGCUCACUCCAGGGAGGUACAUAUGCUGCAGUCAGUAAGGUUCAGGUUGCUCUGCCUUGUAUUUAAGCCAUGAGAUUCCAGUUUACAGCAGAUACUUGUUUGGCUAUAAAACCAAAUACAAAAAAGUGCUUUCCUUUUGGCUCCAGAGAUUUGAGUUCUUGGGAGUACUAGAGUUAACAGAAGCUGAGGGCCAUUAGCAUUUUGUGAACCUCAAGUAUAUUAUUUGCUAAAAAGAUUCUUUUCUGGAUGCCAUGUGGUCAUAACACGUGUCACCCAAAACUGUGUGUCCGCUCUUUGGUGGAAUAAACCUGUGAGGCAACUGUUACCCUGCCUGAUAGGAAGUACUUCACAAGAUUACAUCCAGAAAUAAGCUGUUCAAGUGAUUUAGAAAAACAAUAAGCUCUUCAGUCCUUUAAAGCAGGUCUUCAUAUACUAUGAGAGUAGAGAAGCAGGUUAAAAAAAGAGAAGCUAUGUGCACUGUUCACAGGUCAAUUUAAUAUGGUUGGCUUGUACUAGAAAUGUAUUUAAACAUUGGUUUGUUUAUGAGUCUUCUUGCUGCUCAAUCUUUUCUGUAAAUUGACUUGUUAACCUGUAAUAGAUUUGUUCAUUUUUAAGUCCUUAGCACUGUCAUUUUUUGGUAUAACGUGAUGUGCUGGAACGUAUUGAGUAUGUGUAAAUGGACUAGAUGUGAACAAUUUUCUACUUGAAAAAAUAAAAUUGUCUCACUCUCUGAA